UACAACAUGAAUCAAAGAUAGUGUGAUAAUUAUCGUCCGAUUUUACCCAACCCUGCCGUCCAAAUAGCAUGGAAUAUUAUGGAGAAUAUAACAAACAACGAAGAGAGACUUAGACAAGUAUUUGACGUCUGUGAUCCGCAAAACAACGGUUAUAUCACUGUUGAAAAGUUCAUCAGUUUGGCCAAGGACCAUUUUGGUGCAGAUGAAGAGGGGGAGGAACUUGAUCAAAUCAUUGAAGUUCUUGAUCCACAAAGAGAUGGCAAGAUCCAUUUUCAAGACUUUUGUGUAGGUGUCCAGAAAGUAUUUGAAUUGAAUGAGGCCUUACAAAGUCCUUCCAUAGGAACAGGACAAAAAUUUGGUAGCAUCGACACCUUGGUGCAUCAAACCCAUAGUAGCCAGGAGACUUUAGUUGAUGAAGAUGCAAAUAGUAGCGGGACGCACGAGACGUCCGAAGUCAGCACAUACAAUGAGUAUGAUAUGAUGACAGAUGAUGAUUCGCCUCAAGCAGCUAAUAACGACCAUUUGAUUCCGUCCAUCAACUACCCGAACUUACACACGCCAUUCCACGCCAGCUCCGAAGAUGAUCAUGACAGUGCGAUAAGUGGUGGAUCUUCAGACAUCCAUCAUUAUAAACCUGAAUUUGAAGUGACUGAUGAAGAAGAACACUUUGAAGACUACGGAGAAGUUGAAUCUGACGCGUCUUUUAGUGGACAGGAGAAUGAACAGUUAACUAGUAAACCACCAUUGAGUGACACAAUUAGACCACGCCGAGAUAGAACGAGAGCAACUUGGACGUCCCACCGCCCUAGGCGACUCAGCUGUAACCAGACUUGGAGAACCUCACCAUCCCACCCUGUGGCCAAAGUCUCAAGAAUCGGACUGUCUUCAGCGGCCUCUGCUACUCACCUCCUUAAUUCAGCCAACAGCAGUCGAAGGAAUAGCCUCACUGAAGCCGAUUUCUAUUCAGAGGGCAUCCUUGAGAUAACCGACAAGGUUAAGAAGUUAGAGGAAAAAUUUGCAGUUGAAAUUCGUGAUUUAUCAGAUAACCAAUUGAAAAGUGAUCACAAGGCGUAUAAACUUAAAGAAGAAAAUGCAGUUCUUGCUGACAGGGUGCACAUGCUCGAGGACCACCUCCAGCACGUUGAAAAGAAUGCAGCGGAACGGUUAGAAUUAGAAGAACGGAAAUCAAGAACAAUGGUGGCUAAAGUCGGCGACCUAUCACAGGAGCUAGAACUUCUCAAUACAAAGUACCUGAGUAUGGAAAGGGAAAAUAUAGAAUUGAAAUCCCUGACAGAUGAAUACAAUCGCCUUAACAUAGAAAAGCACCAAAUCGAGCAAGAGCUUCGCUUGACGCAGAGUGAGCUUACAGAGACUGAGUUUCAACUUGCCAAUUUACAAGCAGAGCACAAAGCGCUCUUAGAACACACUGCUUCGUUCGAUAAGGAGAGAGAAGUCAACGGAGAGUUAUUGGAUGAGUUAGGAAAGGAACUGGAUGAAUUACGAAAAUACAAGAUAGAAAAUGAGCGAGCAAAUCGAUGUCGGAGUCCCAGCAUUACAGAGCUUCCCAGCAGAUAUAAGGAGCUGGAAACACAGAUUAAAUCACUAAAAACAGAGAACACAUGUCUCCGGGAGGAAAGUGACGAGCUCCAAGCCCAGCUCCUGCACAACACUAUAGAGGAGGGCAAGGGCUUGCUGCACAGAAAUAUUUCUGGGAAAUCUUUCGCUGAUGAGAUUGGUGAAAUGUCGAAGGAAAAGCUUGCCGAGAAACUGACCGAACAACAGGAAGUCAACCAACAAUUGCGGGCGUACGUUGAUCGUAUUCUCCUGACGAUCCUCCAGAAGAAUCCGUCGCUCCUAGAAAUCGCCACGGCUCAAAAAUCGUCAAGUUGACUGGAAGCAAAGAGGAGGGAACUAGGACGAAUAGCGGCCGAGUUCAAAAUGUUCUUCAAGAAGACCACCAGCUCAAGUGCCAAUGAGAAGAAACUGACCACAAUGUAAUUGAUGUGUUCUGUCACUUAUCCUAAUUGAUGAUUGACAGGUGAAUGAUUGACACUUGUGAUGACUGCCUGAACGCCCCUCCUCUAAUAAUUUUGCCAAUUAAGUAGGCUUUGACUGACAAUAUUAAUUGUUAUAACAAAUUUGUAAGACAUUACGAAUUAUUGUUUUCAUGGACAUAACAGAUUUUGAUCUGGUACAAUGUGAUGUAUAGUGAAUUUUUUAUUUAAAACUAUCGAUAAGUUUUGGCACUGAUUGAAAUUGGUGCCAUUUCUGACAAUCAAGAUGAGACAUUCCAUUUUGGGAAUUGUUUGCUGGAGUACGAUUUUAUUUCAAAUUUUAUGUAUAUUGUGUUGCUGAUCAGAAUCAUUCUAGAAAUCGUAAGGGAAUUUGAGAGACUGUUAGUAUUGCAAGUGCACUGCAUACCAGACUUCAUAUCAUUCAUAGCUCCACAUGGCCGUCCUCAGACUUUUCACUGCUUCACAACUUGCAUAUCAAAACGUUAUUCCUAGAGACAUUCCUUCUCAUCCUCCCAUAGCAGGCGAGGCCUCCGUGCACUCCAAGUUUAUAUUAGAAACUGUACGCAAAGACCUGCUCUGGGAGGGUUUUCCACGGAGGAAAUUUAAAUAAUGAACGUCCAUUCCUAAUCCAUCCAACACAAGCCAUCCGUAUGAAAAUCCAUCCAUAAACAAGUUAUUUUCUGUUCCUGUUUCAAUUACAAAUUCAUUAAUAUGAUUGGGGAUGUAAUUCAGUUUGUGUAAAUUUGUCAUUAGUAUUCAGUAGCAUUUUAGUAAAAUUGAUUCAUACAAAUUAACAUUACAUUCCAUGAUAUCGGGGGGGGGGGAUAACUGUUAUUUCUUCUUGACGAUGUAACAUGCACCUAUUCACAUAUUGAUUCAUAGAGAAACAUCCAUAAAUUUCACCUUUCUAGGUAUCUGUAAAGUAUUGUGUGGAGUUCUGGACACUGAUUUUCACAACUUGCAUCAUUUAGGCAUUACUAACCUGCAAUCUUGUUCAACGUUAUUCCAGGCAAAUAUGCAAAACAUACCUUUCAGCAAUGCUAUACCAUGAAAAUAUCUGUGUACUUUUAGUGUGCAACUUUUAUCUCCCGCGGAUACUGAUACCAGAUAAAAGGACAACAGAUCACGAUCUGACAGACAAUUACUCACCGAUGAAAAACUUGUUUUCUCGACAACGAAGAAUCCAGACUAUUUAUUGUAUAUAAUUGUGAUAUAAGCAAUGAUUCCGUUGAGUGUGAACAAAAACACUUUCAGUGAGUUACACAAUUGAUUCAGAAUGGUACUGAACCCAGAAGGCGAUUCAAUUGAAAGAAUGAUUUAUUGCGAUCUUCUUAGGACUGAUUCUGCAAGGAAGGAUUUACUGGUAUCCAGUUGGUUUGAAAUCCUUUCCGUCUCAUGGAUGAAAGUCGACCCUGCAGUGGCAUGGGAAACAAAAUGGUGAGACGAUUAUGGAACAAUUAAUCAUUAUGAAUCUCAAGUGAAACAGUCACGAUUGGUAAUCCAUUUCAUCGGAGUUUGAUAAUUUUUUGUGCAGAACAUCAAUUCAUUAAGGAGUGUACAACCAAUGUGGAUGAAUAUCUUGUCAAAACAUUGUGAAUCAUGUCAAGGUCAUCAAGUGAAUCAACGACCUUGACCUCAUUUCAAGGUCACCUGCUGGUCAUCAGAGACAAAUUCCGUGUAAAGAUUUCUGUGAUUUGAUGCUGAUUUUUACGAUUUUCGCAGAGUGCGGAACCAGAUUUUUGGAGGAAUUCUAAGAAUCAACAAACUGCAUGGAGACUGGACUUGAUUCUUUAUGCCCACUCUGGGCAGAUAUUUUUUAUAUAGAAUGAAUAGGGCAGUCCGUUGUUGAACAUUUGUCGUAGGUUGUAGGCGUGGAUUUUGUCUAUUACAGGUGUGAUUUUAUACUUAGUGCCAUGUAGAUAAAGUCAGUGUGUCUAGGAAUAGCUUAGUGUCUUUGAGAAUGUCCCAAGUCUAUAUCUCUCUGGAGAUUCUUUUGAUUUUAUUUACCGGUACCUGUAUGGGAACAAGUGUACUGAGAACUUUUUAAAAGAUUAUUAGCCAAUUAUAGCUGAUUAUAGUUUUAUUUUGAAUGGACACAUUCUGGCAGAAACACUUGUUUAGCAUGUGACAAAUUAUUACAGAGUAUUAAAGUUGCAUAUACUGUACCUUCAAAAUGUGAAUGGCUAAUUAACUGUUGGAAAAACUCAUGCCAUAUGAAGUGUCCUGUUUCAUAGACCUGGCACUGGGGAUCACUUAAAGGGGGAAUAUAGGCAGGAGCUAGGGGGUCAAAUUAGUCAACUUUCGAGACGAAUAUAUACUGUUCAGUUCGUGGACAGGGUCUUGUUUGAUUCAGACUUAAACAUAUUUCUUGUACAACCGUGAAUAGUUUAAAUGGUCUGUGAGACCAGAGAGACCCCUAUUGGCAAUAUUGUCAACUUAAUCUGACCUACCAGAGGGAUCCCUAUUGGCAAUAUUGUCAACUUAAUCUGACCUACCAGAGGGAUCCCUAUUGGCAAUAUUGUCAACUUAAUCUGACCUACCAGGCUCCGCCUUUAAACCUCAAUUGUCCAACCAAAUCCAUGUUUGCUAUUUGGUCAAAAUAUGUCGAUUUGGAAUAUUCUCUAUAUGGAGGCCACCAUUGGAUCACAACUUGUGGAAUGCAGCGCGUCUGCUGUAUUUUGUGAUUUUGUUCAUCUGUGUAAUUCAUAUCAGAAAAUGGUUUCAUUAUUCAUCAUUAUUUGAUUGUAACUUUUCAUCGACGAAUUCUUAUCUAUAUUUCCUGCUAUUUGGUCGGUUGUAAUUUAUUAGUUUCAAUGACACACAUAAGUCAGCUUAUUGCCUUAUUGUGUCAUAUACAUUUGAUUUAACAUUGUAGACUUGUCAAUUUGUUUUAAUAAGGAUAGAUAUCAUUUUCGCUAAUAACUAAAUUUUUGUGUCAUGGUUUGGUUAUUCAGACUAGGCAGUUGUUAGCACUCUUAGUCUUAGAAUGCUAUUGUGUAAUUAUACUGGCACCACUUCCAUAAACUCUGACUUGAGAGAGUUGUUUAAUGAAAAGCAACAGAGGAAGAACUGUCUCACCAGGAUUAUAAACCCAGACCUUCCACUUAAAAAGAGGAGAGGUCUCCUGGUCCAGCUGGGAAAUUCCUUUGAACCAGAUCUUGCAGGAAUAAUGCCAAGCCACAUUACAAUUGGUUAAAAAUGGUUUGGAUUUUGAUUUUAAUUAGAUGUCAUUUUAAUUGGUCGUCCUAAGUUUUAACAUUCCUGUUGGUAGAUUUUGCAUCCUUGGAUCAAAUGUCUGGGUUUGGCGUCAAACUUUUUUUAGUACAUAUGUGUGCAGAUGUUAGAUCCAAAUUCAUGCCAAGGGCCCAUUGCCACCGAUCAUGUGUAAUUCACUUCGCUUUUAAAUUAAUAGUCGAAGAUUGGUAUGAACUUGGAUGAGGGCGAUAGGACAUGUCAUUGCAGGAUCGGGGUUCUAUCAUUCAUGCACACAGUUUUGCUUUUAAAAUGACGUAGACUGAUUUGAUCGCCUAAUAUUUUACUUGGAAACGGAAGAUGAAGCAAUGACCUCAAAUGGGAUUGUUAUUUGUGUAGACAUGGUAAAUGUAGAACUCCAGAUAACUGGCAAUCUAAUACACCUGUAGAUAUUUAGGACAGUGCACUAGGUUUUUUCUGAUCCGAUAGGAGCAAAUGAAUACAAAUAUUGUCUGUGAAAAUACAAAUGAAGUGCAGAACACUUGGUGGAAACAAGCAUUUAGCUUUAGCAUUAAAUUGUUUAGCGUUUCUGUGUGCCGUUAAGUAGUUCAGUAUUUACUGGACUGCCUUGGGUAUUUGGGACCAAACUUCUUUAUAAAAGGGACCAGGCUAAGGCCAAUAUUCCAGAAGUUGUUUCAUGUGAGGCAAGUUGAAAUAUCAGUUGAUUAAUGCUGUGUUAAAGUCCAUCCAUGUUAUUAUUGAAUCAGUCCAGCCAGAAAAAUUUAACGUCCACUUUUUGUCCAUUCAUGAUGCUUAUGAAAAUGAAUCUGUCCAUAGUUUUAGAAUCGUCCAUAAACAUAUCCAUUUUACAUUUACCGGUAAUUGUUAUUGUUAUACAUUUAGAAAUCACUUGAUGAUGCCCUGUUCACAAUAUGUUUCAACUUCAAGUCAUUGAAUUAGGUUGAAUUUAAGUUUGAAACAUAAGCAAAAAGGUAGAAUUUCAGUUUGUCACUUGUUACAUUGAGAGCUUUUCAGUUCACUUGUUGGCCGAAUUCAAUGAAUAUUUUAUUUGGGAACAGGUGAAAUUCUGACCAAAGGACAGUGAAAUAAACUGGUUGAAAUGGCCAAAUUAAGGUUACUAUGAGUUGACAGUGUUUGGCCUGGUCAGGUCAGAAUUUGCUGAAAUUCGAUUUUUGCGGGCACACUUUUGACACUUGACAAGUACACAUCAUCAUUCCAAAUAUCCGUCAGACGUUAUCAAUAAAACUGCAUCUAGUGUAGGCUAUCAUGAAGCGCCAUGUUUUGUAAAUUUGCUGACUUAACUGUAGAAAUGUAAAGUAAGUUAUGAUGAAGACUUAUCGAUAGAGUUACUUGGAGGGAAGGGGCAGUCCAUGCUUCAUGCUUAUUGGCAGAGCUGAGUCUUGUUGACGUAGAAUAAACUGUUUUAUACA